AUGGACAUCGUAGCGAGCGACAUUGCUGCUAAUCUCAUCUUUCUGAUUCAUGUGGGCGUUGUGGUCUUUGUGGUCACCGGUGCUUUUAUGAGCGACCCGCUCAUUCUGGUGCUGCACAUCAUCGUCUGCCUGGGUAUCAUUGCGCACUGGGUGCUCGGGAACAGCGCCUGCUUCCUCACGAUCCUCGAAUGCUACCUCCGCGGCGUCAAACCAGACGACUCAUUCGUCCACCGGAUUGUCUCGCCGAUCUACCACAUCCGCGAUGACCAAGUGCGACCCGUUGCCCGCACCAUCACCGUGCAGACACACAACGUCAAGAACAGGAUGGCCAGACGACUGAAUGAUCCGUUCUGGCUCUAUCAGCCAUCGAUUCUAUGGGACCACAAAGAGGAGUUUCUUCCUUUGAAGCAACACAACCUCGAAGAGAAGCUCAAUGCCAUCACACGACUGAUCAUCUACGCGGCCGUCAUUCUCUCAGCAGCCAACCGCAAUCUCGGAUACGCCAGUGCCGGGGUGAUGGUGGUUCUGCUGGUCGUGGCGGUUUACAAAGUCGUCAAGGACGAAGAAGAUACAGAGCAAGCCAAGAAGGCCAAGGCCACCCAUGUGAUAUCAGAUUCGGACCGCAUCACAGCGAAUCCUGUGAAAUCAUUGGUCCUCAACGAAAGCGACAAAAUCGAGAACUGCACGCUGCCCACGGAGCAGAACCCGCUUAUGACAUGGCGUCCAUUCGACGACAUGAACCAGCCGGCUCCGUGUUCGGGUCCGAUCGUCGAUACCCGAGUGCAUGAUAUCGUUUAUAACUAUCCAAACUGGAAUGAUCUCUACGACAAGAACGGGCGAGCCUUUGUCACCCCUGCAUCUGCGACGCACAUCACCGAUCGAGAAAAGUUCGCACAGUGGCUCUUUGGAGACAUGGUCAGCUGCAAGGAAGACACGGUGAACUGCAGCCAGCUGCUCUAUGAGGAUCUGAAGCAGAGCAAACGGAUGUGGCCUGAAAAAAAAUCAGGGUACCGAGCAAAGUGACGACUUUUUGCACUCGAUGAACUACGCCAACCCUCUGCCUCCUCCUAUCCGAACGGUUCCGGUCGACUUCCUGCCGCCCCCCACCUCGUGGACACGUAUGGCUCCACCGGUCCCGGCAGCCCCGAUGACGCCCAUGAAGUAUUUCCUGGACUACGAGGGCAGUGGCCGUCUGAACAAAUGCCGUCGCGAUGGCAC